AUGGGUUCCAUCGAUAACGCCACCACGUUCUUCGCGAAAGCCGACAAAUAUCUUAUGAGCACUGGAGUGCCGUACUCGCCCAUUGUGAUCACCAAGGCAAAGGGCACUCGACUCUACAAUCAAGAUGGCCGGUCAAUCCUCGACUUCACAUCGGGCCAGAUGAGCUCGCUCCUUGGUCACUCCCACCCGGAGAUUGUUCAAGUGGUCCAGAAAUAUGUGGCCGAGCUCGAUCACCUAUUGAGCAACAUGAUCACCCACCCAGUUGUUGACCUCGCCGAACGUCUGGCCCGUUUUCUCCCACCUCCACUAGAGAAAUCCUUCUUCCUCAACACUGGAUCGGAGUCCACCGAGGCGGCCAUCAAAAUGGCCAAAUGCCAUACCGGAAAAUUCGAAGUCAUCGCCUUUGCGGCCAGUUAUCACGGUCUAACACAGGGCGCUGGCUCUGCUACAUACUCAGCAGGCCGUCGGAGAGGAGGGCCCGUUAUGCCCGGACAACUCGCUUUCCCAGCACCCUAUGCCUACCGCUCUCCAUUCCGGAAGCCUGACGGAUCUUACGACUGGGAAACAGAGAUGGACUUUGCCUGGUCUAUGAUCGAUCGCCAAAGCGUCGGCUCCAUCGCCGCAUUCAUCAUGGAGCCGAUUCUAUCCACUGGCGGUAUCCUAGACCCUCCCAAGGGUUACUUCAAGCGCAUGGCCGAGGAAUGCAGGAAGCGCGAUAUCCUGAUCAUCAUGGAUGAAGCCCAGACUGGCGUUGGCCGGACCGGUCAAAUGUUCGCCUUUGAAUACGACGAAAUCGUACCUGAUAUCCUCGCUCUCUCGAAAACACUAGGUUGCGGUCUGCCUCUUGCGUCUGUUAGCACUACAGCGGAAAUCGAAAGAGGCUGCAAGGAAGCUGGCUUCCUGUGGCUUACAACCCAUCUCAAUGACCCCUUGACUGCAGCAGUCGGAAACAAGGUCCUUGAGGUUGUUGAACGUGAUAACAUUUGUGAGAGGGCUACCGAACGCGGCGCCCAACUCCGCGAGGGCCUCGUCAAGCUGCAGCAAAAGUACUGGUGCAUUGGUGAUGUCCGUGGCCGUGGCCUUCUCCAGGGAAUUGAAAUCAUCUCGGAUCCUGAGACCCGGGCUCCAGGCUCUGAGUUGGGCCAGGCAGUCUCUGACCAGGCGAUGGCCCGUGGACUUUCUUGCAACGUUGUCAACCUCCCUGGCAUGGGCGGCGUUUUCCGUCUUGCGCCUCCGGUUACUGUCACUGCUGAUGAGAUUUCGGAGGGUCUGCAGAUUUUGGACGAGUGCUUUGGAGAUGUAACGAAGAAUGCUGGUGUCCAUAAGACUAGUGCAUUAUGGGCAAUCAUUCUAAACUUCGUUUUCCCCGCUACGGAGGGGUAUGUCCACGAACCUGAAUCCCGGAAUGCUGGAGGGUUCAGUGACAUGACAAGUGUUCGCUGGACCGUCAACCCCAAUACCAACAAACCCCGAAAGAGAUCGUUCCUCGUUACUCAAACAAAAGGCCCAGGCACAGAGAAUCGCCCAGCCACCUGGGAAAUGGCCGAAAAGCAGUUGCAUCGGUACGUUUCGCAUUUAAGCGGCAACCCUAAAUACGGGAUUGUCGCAGUCGGCAAGGUUGUCAAGUUCUAUAGGUGGAGCGCAACUGCGCGAGCCUUGGUGUUUCUUCCGAAUAACACUGAUGGGUAUUUCCAUGUGGUCAAGGAUGAAGACAAGAUCCGGCGGCUUUUGUACAGGAUUAAGCAUGGACUCGCCUAA